AUGAUUCACCACUUCAUAACCGUUGUUGUCUUUGACUGCAAGUUUGAUCUGCAGAAAAUUGCAUCGUCCACCAAGUGUACAUCUGUGAAGGAUUUUAAGGCGCUUAAUCUGACAUCCUAUGAUGGUAGCUAUUGUCAAGUUUUCAGUUCAGGCAAAGCAAUCAUCAAUGGCGGCACUUCAGAGAAAGAAGUACGCACAUUGUUGAAGCGAUACCGGUUCCGUUUAACACAUCUUGGCUAUACUGCCAAUGUCGUUAGCAAGCGCACUGCGAAUAUUAUGGCUACGUACGACCAUCAGCAUCCGAUCAACUUGUAUAAGUUCGCGAAAGCACAGAAGUUGUAUUAUGAACCGGAGUUGUUUGACGCGGCAAAAAUGCGAUACGCCGAUUUGGGUAUAACCGUGAAAGUUUUUAGUUCCGGAAAAUGUACGAUCCUAGGCGCCAAGAGUGUGAAAGCAGUGGAUAUUUGCAUUGACCGUCUUCGAGCCACACUGCCAUCCAAUCCACCGCCAAUCCACUAUCGAAGUCUGACCUCGCGGUAUUUCGUCGUGCUUUUUUGUGUGGCUGUGCUUUGGUUGUUUUUCUUUACCGUUCUCAUUCUCGCCUGCAAUAUGGACACACCUGCAGCUGCAUCUGACGGCCAGCGUCGAUCCCCGCGUAUACAGGAGAUUGCUGCACGCACAUCACCGUCUGCACCAUCGGCAUCCAUAACAGCGGCCACGGCACCAUCAACUGCCACGCCUGCGAAUGCUGAACGGCCGUCUUCCGCUUCUACGGGCAAUGGUUCUCCAGCGUCUUCUGCUGCAGCACCUGUGGCCCCGCCGUCAUCCUCAGAACCGAUCGCCGGGGCCAGCGGUGUACAGCUGUGUAUGAUCAACAAAAGGCACCAAGGCGACGUCCGACCACGACCCACGGAUCAAAAAACAGCGUGA